UUGUGACACUGAAAGAGACGUUUAUUGUGCAUUAAUUUUAGUUAAAUUCGUUUUUAAGCAUAUAGUUUAAUUAUUUAAUUUAUUACGAUGGCCGAAUUUCUAGACUCGGAGGCCGAGGAAUCGGAGGAGGAGGAAGAAUUGGACGUGCACGAGCGCAAGAAACUUAAGAAGUUGAAGGCCGCAGUCUCCGACAGCAGCGAGGAGGAAGAAGAUGACGAGGAGCGGCUGCGCGAAGAGCUCAAGGAUCUAAUUGACGACAAUCCCAUCGAGGAGGAUGACGGCAGUGGCGACGACUCAGACACCGGUAGCGGUGGCGACGACGAAGGCGGCGGCGGUAGUGGCAAGAAGCGGAAAAAGCAUGAGGACGACGAUCUGGACGACCGGCUCGAGGAUGAUGACUACGAUUUGAUUGAGGAGAAUCUGGGUGUUAAAGUCGAGAGGAGGAAGCGGUUUAAGCGUCUGCGUCGCAUCCACGACAAUGAAAGUGAUGGCGAGGAGCAGCAUGUGGACGAAGGUCUGGCCCGCGAACAGAUCGCUGAGCAGCUGUUUGACGAGAAUGACGAGAGCGUUGAACAUCGCAGCGAAAGGAGUCCCAGAGAAGCGGAUGAUUUUGGCGAAGACGAAUCUGAGUCGGAUGCGGAUGAUUUCAUUGUCGACGACAAUGGACGCCCCAUAGCCGAGAAAAAGAAGAGAAGACCCAUCUUUACAGAUGCAUCGCUGCAGGAAGGCCAGGACAUCUUCGGCGUGGACUUUGACUACGACGACUUUUCCAAAUACGAGGAGGACGAGUACGAGGAUGAUUCCGAGGGUGACGAGUACGACGAGGACCUGGGCGCUGGCGAAGAAUCACGCGUCAAAAAGAAAAAGGCGCUCAAGAAAAAGGUGGCGAAGAAGACGAUAUUUGAUAUUUACGAGCCAAGUGAACUGAAGCGCGGACACUUUACCGAUUUGGACAAUGAGAUUCGCCAGACAGACAUCCCCGAGCGGAUGCAACUGCGCCAGGUGCCCGUCACCCCGGUCUUUGAGGGCUCCCACGAGCUGGAUGACGAGGCCGACUGGAUCUACAGGUUUGCAUUCUGCAAACAGACUGUUUCCGAGCAGGAGAAGGCAGACAAUCGUGAGAAGCUGCGCAAGCCACCGACGGCGGUCAACAAGAUCAAGCAGACCCUGGAGUUUAUACGCAACCAGCAGCUGGAAGUGCCCUUCAUUGCCUUCUACCGCAAGGAAUAUGUCAAGCCAGAGUUGAACAUCGACGAUCUGUGGAAGAUCUACUACUACGACGAGCGCUGGUGCCAGCUGACCGAACGGAAGCGAAAGCUGAAGGCUCUCUUCGAGAAGAUGCGACAGUUCCAGCUGGACACGCUGUGCGCAGACCCGGAGAAGCCGCUGCCGGACGACGUCCGUUUGAUGCCGGAUAGUGACUUCGAGCGUCUGGCGGACGUCCAGUCCAUGGAGGAGCUGAAGGACGUGCACAUGUACUUCUUGCUUAACUAUUCCCAUGAACUGCCGCGCAUGCAGGCGGAGCAGCGACGCAAGCAGCUCCAGGAGCGUCGAGAGGCCAAGGCACGACGCCAGGCGGCAGCUGCUGAGAACGGCGAGGAUGCGGCGGCAGACGGAGCGCCAGCCACAAUACCCGAGCCAGAGAAUGAAGACGACGAGCCGGAUCUUGUGGACGAUCAGCUGAAGCAGGCGCCCAACAGCAGUCCGUAUGCGGUGUUCCGCAAGGCGGGCAUCUGUGGCUUCGCUAAACACUUCGGUCUCACGCCGGAACAGUUUGCGGAGAACCUGCGUGACAAUUACCAGCGCAACGAGGUCACACAGGAAAGCCUCGGCCCCACGGAGCUGGCCAAGCAGUAUCUCUCACCGCGCUUCAUGACCGUUGACGAGGUGCUGCACGCCGCCAAGUAUGUGGUGGCCCGCCAGCUGGCGCAAGAGCCCCUGCUCCGGAAGACCAUGCGGGAAGUGUACUUUGACAGGGCACGAAUCAACAUCCGGCCCACUAAGAACGGCAUGGUGCUGAUUGACGAGAACUCGCCGGUGUAUCCAAUGAAGUAUGUAGCGAAGAAGCCGGUGGGUGACCUGUUCGGCGACCAGUUUAUCAAGCUGAUGAUGGCUGAGGAGGAGAAGCUGCUGGAGAUCACGUUCCUUGAGGAGUUCGAGGGUAAUGCCAAUGCCAAUGGACCGCCCGGCGACUACGUGGAGGAGGCCAAGGCCUUGUAUCACCUCGAUCAGUUCUCCAAGCACGUCCUUGAGUGGAAUGCACUGCGCGCGGACUGUGUGAAGCUGGCGCUGCAGAAGUGGGUCAUCCCCGACCUGAUUAAGGAGCUGCGCGCCACGUUGCAUGAGGAGGCGCAGCAGUUCGUCCUGCGCUCCUGCACCGCCAAGCUGUACAAGUGGCUCAAGGUGGCUCCCUACAAGCCCCAGCUGCCCGCCGACUUUAACUACGAUGAUUGGAGCACGCUGCGCGGCAUCCGGGUGCUGGCCCUGGCCUACGACCCGGACCAGUCGGUAGCCGCCUUCUGUGCGGUGACCACCGUCGAAGGCGACAUAUCUGACUAUCUGCGCCUCCCGAACAUCCUCAAGCGUAAGAACUCGCACAACGCCGAGGAGAAGGCCCAGAAGCUGACCGAUCUGCGCAAGCUGAGCGACUUUAUCAAAAUGAAAAAACCACACAUAGUGGUAAUCGGGGCGGAGUCACGCGACGCCCAGACCAUCCAGGCUGACAUUAAGGAGAUACUCAAGGAGUUGGAGACGUCCGAGCAGUUUCCGCCGAUCGAGGUGGAGAUUAUCGACAACGAGCUGGCCAAAAUCUAUGCCAACUCGAAGAAGGGCGAGUCGGACUUCAAGGAGUAUCCGGCACUGCUCAAACAGGCCGUCUCCCUCGCCCGAAAGAUGCAGGAUCCGCUCGUGGAGUAUUCGCAGCUGUGCGAUGCGGACGACGAGAUUCUCUGCCUGCGCUACCAUCCGCUGCAGGAGCGGGUGCCACGCGAACAGCUGCUGGAGCAGCUCAGCCUCGAGUUCAUCAACCGGACCAGUGAGGUGGGCCUGGACAUCAACCUGAUGGUGCAGAACGCGCGCACCACCAACCUCCUUCAGUACACCUGCGGUCUGGGUCCGCGCAAGGGCCAGGCGCUGCUGAAGCUGCUCAAGCAGAGUAACCAGCGCCUGGAGAACCGCACCCAGCUGGUCACCGUGUGCCACCUGGGGCCGAAGGUCUUCAUCAACUGCAGCGGCUUUAUCAAGAUCGACACCUCAUCACUGGGGGACAGCACCGAGGCGUACGUGGAGGUGCUCGACGGGUCGCGUGUUCAUCCCGAGACGUACGAGUGGGCCCGAAAGAUGGCCAUUGAUGCAAUGGAGUACGAUGACGAGGAGACCAAUCCGGCCGGCGCACUGGAGGAGAUUUUGGAGUCGCCGGAACGCCUCAAGGAUCUCGAUCUGGACGCCUUUGCCGUGGAGCUGGAGCGCCAGGGCUUCGGCAGCAAAAGCAUCACACUGUACGACAUCCGCAACGAGCUGAGCUGUCUGUACAAGGACUACCGCACCGAGUACACCAAGCCCAGCGCCGAGGAGCUCUUCGACAUGCUGACCAAGGAGACACCAGACUCCUUUUACGUGGGUAAGUGUGUGACAGCCAUGGUCACGGGCUUCACUUACCGCCGGCCGCAAGGCGAACAGUUAGACAACGCAAAUCCCGUGCGGAUCGAUACCAGCGACAGCUGGCAGUGUCCCUUCUGUCACAAGGACGACUUCCCCGAGCUAUCAGAGGUGUGGAAUCACUUUGACGCCAACGCCUGUCCCGGUCAGGCGUCCGGAGUGCGAGUGCGGCUGGAGAACGGUCUGCCCGGCUUCAUACACAUCAAAAAUUUGUCCGACAAACAGGUGCGCAAUCCGGAGGAGCGCGUUCGCGUCUCCCAGAUGAUUCACGUGCGCAUCAUCAAGAUCGACAUUGAUCGGUUCUCGGUCGACUGCUCCUCGAAGACGGCGGAUCUCAAGGAUGUGAACAACGAGUGGCGGCCACGCAGGGACGCCUUCUACGACUUUGUCACCGAGGAGCUGGACAACCGCAAGGCCAGCGACGCCAAGGCGAAGGCGCUAAAACGCAAGACGUACGCGCGUCGGGUAAUUGCCCAUCCGAGCUUCUUUAACAAGUCGUACGCUGAAGUGGUGGCCAUGCUGGCGGAGGCCGACCAGGGCGAGGUAGCAAUGCGACCGAGCAGCAAGUCCAAGGAUCAUCUGACCGCCACGUGGAAGGUGGCCGACGAUAUCUUCCAGCACAUCGAUGUGCGCGAGGAGGGCAAGGAGAAUGAGUACAGUCUCGGACGCAGCCUCUGGAUUGGCACGGAGGAGUUCGAGGAUCUAGACGAGAUCAUAGCGCGGCACAUCAAUCCGAUGGCAGUGGCAGCCCGUGAGCUCAUCCAGUACAAGUACUACAAGCCGAACACGGCGCCGGCUAACGUCAACGAGCGCGAUUUCAUGGAGCAGGUGCUGCGUGACGAGAAGACGCGUGACCCCAAGAAGAUCCACUACUUCUUCACGGCGUCGCGCAGCAUGCCCGGCAAGUUCCUGCUAUCCUACUUGCCCAAGACCAAGGUGCGCCAUGAGUAUGUGACUGUGAUGCCCGAGGGAUAUCGCUUCCGGGGUCAGAUAUUUGACUCGAUCAACAGUCUCCUGCGCUGGUUCAAGGAGCACUGGUUGGACCCGACCGCAUCGCCAGCCUUCACCUCGUCGGGCUCGAGUGCCACGCCGCUGCAUGGUCACGGUCUGCACAGUAUGCGUCCUCCGCCGGCGGUCUCAGCCUCUUUACUCUCCUCAUCCCAGCCGCCGUACAGCCUCAACACUAAUAUGAGCGGCACGCCGCGUAGUGCCAUCAGCAGCUCCGGCGGUGUAGGCAGCUCCAGCGGCGGCGGCGGUGGUGGUGGCGGUUCCAGCGCCUACUCCGUAUCGCAUUCCAUUGUGAGCUACGGCGCCACAACGAACGCCUCGCUGGCGGCGGCUGCAGCGUCAGCGAGCGCCUCCUCCCACUACGGGGGCCUGACAUCCACGCCGUCGUUUGGAGCCAUCAUCAACACGCCGUACACACCCAGUGGGCAGACACCGUUCAUGACGCCCUACACGCCGCACGCCUCGCAGACGCCACGCUACGGGCACAAUGUACCGAGCCCCAGCUCCCAGUCGUCGUCCAGCCAGCUACAUCACUACGGCAGCUCAGGCACGGGCACCACGCCCAGGAGUUACUAUGACAUAGGUGGAGCUAGCAGCGGCAGUGGUGGUUCGAAUGCCUACAACAUGGGCGGCAAUAUGCAGCCGCAUCACCAGCAACGUGCAAAAGAGAACCUCGACUGGCAGCUGGCCAAUGAUUCCUGGGCAAGACGCAGACCACAACAACAGCAGCAGCAGCACCAUCAUACACAGCAGCAGCAGGGAAUGGGCAUGGGAAUGGGUUCCGGUGGCGGCAGCGGCGGCGGAAGUGGUUAUAACUCUACGCCCAGCAACGAUUACCACAGCAGCAGCGGGCACAAUCGUGGCAUGGGAGUUAAUCAUGGACAUGGGCAUGGCCAUGGUCAUGGCCACGGCUCGGGGGCGUUAUCCUCGAAGGUGUCCGUGCGAAGUACGCCGCGCACCAACACCUCGCCGCACUCGAUGAAUCUGGGCGAUGCCACGCCGCUCUACGACGAGAACUAGACCGCGAUCCGGGCAGCAAACACACUUUAACUACCAUAAAGAACACUAACUAACAUAUAACUAGAUAUAGCAUGUACGGAACGAGAACAGAACCGAAAAGAACAGAACACAGAACCCUACAAUAAUACACAUGCAGCUGGCGGAGAGGCAGCUGCACCCUAAUCUUAGUAAGUUGAUGUGCGUUUGGCAUUGAUCCUCAACGAUAAUUAAUAUUAAGUGCAAAUCGAAACUAAUCGCGUUAUAUAUAAAUAUAUAUACAAA